UAUAACAAUGUGGACUGCCACUGUCAAAAUAUUCCAUAGCUAAAUUUGCAGCUUUUCCCGACAUCAUUCGUGGAUGUUAAAAGUCAAAAAGCAAAAUGGUGAAAUCCAAUGUUGAUUUAGACCACGGGUCCGUCUAUCUUGGUUGUCUUCACUUCUCUCAAUCUCUGAACCAUUUGGGUUGAAGUGUGAAUUUUCUCCAGGCAAGCUAACAGCCGAUUCCCUCUCACCAACUCUCGGAAUGGUUGUUAUGUGGGGUGUUGCACGUAAUCCACAAAGGAUCCGUAAUGCACACUCAUCCACUCACAGCAUUCAGUGAAAACAGUCAUUUGGCAAGACCCAAUUUCGCUUUGAACUCCCUCACCUCCACCCUAAAUUGAGUACCACAACCAUUCCAAGAUGGGCUUGAACGCGUAAGUAGUUCACGUCAACGACUCACCGAAGUAACACCGACACUACGACGAAUAUGGAGAUCGAAAGUUUCCCUACCUGGUUGGUUCUGGCUUUGGCGACGAGUCUGGUUUUCAUCCCGGACUCCAACGGCUUGGAACAGAUCAAAGCCAAUUUGACGACAGAGGAUCAGAAGGUGAUAUCAUUGAGAAUCCCACCGGAUCUCAGGGAGUUCCUGGCCAGUCUGAGGCCACCAAACCGCUCGAGACAGCCGCGAUAUCACGAUGAUAACGAGGGUCGACCCGUUGUUCGCCCGACCAUUGGCAAUGAUAUCAUUAUCAUUGACAACGUCAUGCAUCGACCCAUUGAACCCAGUCAAGUGAGGUUAUUCAUGGAUGAUGACGAGAAUGACGCGAGUGUUUUAUCCGUGGACUCCAUGUUAGAGAUGAACAACAUGAAUGAUAUGGAUAACAUGAUGGUCGAUUUCGAGGCGAGUGAAAGGUUAGUGAGUGCGAGGAGAGGAACGAUUGGUUUGGUCCGUGCUCAUUUCUUGAGGCUCAUUUCUAGCGAGGAUGACAUGCCCGGGAUCAAUUUGAAUGGUGAAGAAAUAUCGAGUGCGGCCGAAAUUCGACCGGGAGUGUUUAGCUGCGGCCAUCAAACGUCGGAGAUGUUCAUCAACUUCAUCAAUCCCAACUACCCCGCACACGAUUCAACGACUGGGAGCUGUCAUUUCCGGAUCUUAGUGGAAAGACCGGAGGUUUGCCAGCUCAGAGUGGAUUUUGUGGACACGGAAAUGCUCACUCCGCGUCAAGGCAAUUGUGCGGAUCAAUUUUUGGUCGUGGGGGGGGACAUUUGGCCCACGGGAUUGGACAAAUUGUGCGGCAUCAACACGGAUCAACACUUCUACCUCCAUUUGGACCGGGAACGUGCCAAUCAAGGAAUUGACGAUGAAAUCAACGUCGACUUCACCAUCACCACAGUCAACAGUAAACCCUACAAAUUUGGGUUUUGGGUGACUCAAGUGGAUUGCUCAUCUCAGCCCAUCAUCGAAGCUCCCGCGGGAUGCACUCAAUACUUCAUGAGCUCCUCAGGCACCCUCAAAACAUUCAAUUUCGAAGGGGUCCAAUAUUUGGCGAAUCAAAAUUACCGCGCAUGCUUCCGAACGACUAGAUCGAGUUGCUUCAUGAGCUUUUCGGCCGAUACCAGUCAAUUCGAACUCAGUUUAUUCAUCAACCCAGAUGUCCGAAGAAGUCUAUUCUCUCGGAUCAGUCGUCGGAACAUGGAUCCCCGGCGAUUCUUCAACCGUAAUCAAAACCAGAGAAGUCGUGCUUUGUCCGGUGUGGGGGCCAACGAAUGUGGUCUGGAUUAUCUACUCAUCCCGGGAGGAAGACCAAAUGCCACCAAGAAUUCGGUGACGUUGGAUCGAUUUUGCGGCGGAGAACUGAACUUUGAGAGCAAUGCCGAGAGCAGUUCUACGAUCUACAGUGAUAUCUCCGGACCCAUUGCCUGGGUUCAGCUGGUCACAGCCCCGAGGAAUGACUUCACCAGGAACUUAUUGUCACAACCUCGGACCCGAGUCAUGAACAACUUCAACCUCUUUCGUCGUCGGACAUCCACGACUCAAAGAUCUGAUUUUGAAAAUACUGGCGCCGGUAUACGACUGAGAUAUGCUCAUGUAACGUCGUGUGAUUCAAAUAAAUGAAUAAUUCAUGAA